AUGGCGCAGCGCCGCCUCACCGACUUCUUUGCGCGACGCCGCCCUGGGCCCCGCGCCGCGUUGUCGCGGUCCAAGCCGACCUGGAGCACCCCGAGCCCCGCCAAGCCCGCGUCCCCCGCCCGGACUCCCAACUCGGGCGGUAGCCGCAAACGCGCCCGUCCCGACAAGCCCGCGUGCGAUGAGCCCACGCGCGACGAAUCCGCGCCGCCCGCACGCAGGAGGCUGAGGCUGCCCGCCAAUGCGGUGAGGGUCCCUGGCCCUGGCUCCACAGCGGCCCCUGGUUCCCCAGGUCCUGGCUCCCCAGACGCCCUUAGCUCCCGGGAGCACUCGUCUCUGAGCAAGAAGACAAAGAAGGUUGCACUCUCAGCAAGUCAGCUGCCCAGACUGGCACCCCAGGAGGACAAGGUCCCCUCAAAAAUCGCCUUCUCAGAAUUCAAGUCGUGCCUGCAGCGGGCCCAGGAGCUGGGUGCACGUGUCCAGGAGCUGAGGGCAAGUGCCCAGAAGAAUGAGGCUGGGGAACCCGGUGCGCUGGAGGCUGAGGGGCACUCACAAAGGCCAUGUGGAGAAAGGGCGCCUGCCUAUCAGCGCUUCCAUGCUCUGGCCCAGCCAGGGCCUCCUGGCCUUGUGCUGCCCUAUAAGUACCAGGUGUUGGCUGAGAUGUUUCGCAGUAUGGACACCAUUGUGGGCAUGCUCUACAACCGCUCAGAGACCGUGACCUUUGCCAAGGUCAAGAAGGGUGUCCAGGACAUGAUGCGCAAGCGCUUUGAGGAGCGCAACGUGGGCCAGAUCAAAACUGUGUAUCCUACCUCCUACCGUUUCCGCCAGGAGCGCAAUGUCCCCACGUUCAAGGAUGACAUCAAGAGGUCUGAUUACCAGCUCACCAUUGAGCCACUGCUGGACCAGGAGGAUGGCAACACGGCUCCCCAGCUCACAGCCUCACGUCUUCUGCAGCGACGACAGGUCUUCAGCCAGAAUCUGGUGGAGCGUGUCCGGGAGCACCACAGGGUAUUCCUGGCCUCCCUGAACCCCCCCAUGGUGGUGCCUGAGGAUCAGCUGACACGCUGGCACCCCCGCUUCAAUGUGGAUGAAGUGCCUGACAUUGAGCCUACUGAGCUGCCCCAGCCACCCACCACUGAGAAGCUGGCCACCGCUCAGGAGGUGCUGGCCCGAGCCCGAAGCCUGAUGUCACCCAGGAUGGAGAAGGCCCUGAGUGACUUGGCCCUGCGCACAGCUGAGCCCAGCAGCCCCCGGUCCUCCAGUCCAGUGCUGCCGGCCACUCCCCCGGCCACUCCCCCGGCUCCCCUCAAGGGGGUGUCCCAGGACCUGUUGGAGAGGAUCCGGGCCAAGGAGGUGCAGAAGCAGCUGGCACAGAUGACGCGGCGCCCAGAGCAGGAGCAGAGGUUGCAGCGGCUUGAGCGGCUGCCUGAGCUGGCCCGGGUGCUGCGUAGCAUUUUUGUGUCUGAGCGCAAGCCAGCACUCACCAUGGAGGUGGCCUGUGCCAGGAUGGUGAGCAGCUACCGCGUGGCCAUGAGCCCAGGGGAGAUGGAGAAACAUGUGCAGCUCCUCUCUGAGCUGCUGCCAGACUGGCUUAGCCUCCACCGCAUUCGCACUGACAUCUAUGUCAAGCUGGACAAAGCUGCUGACCUGGCACGUGUCACUGAGCGGCUGGCUUGUCUCACCCGUGCAGAAGAGGUGCUGCGAGCCUGAUGGCUGCACACCAACACGUAUGUGGGCUCAAGGCCUGGGCCUGGCCCAGGAUGCCUGUUUUAUUCUCUAAGAACAUGAUGCACUUUGCUCUCCCAUUCCCGAGUCCCCAUGAAUGUCAGAGGUUUUGCUGGACUCCGGCUGCAGGGUCUGGGGGUAAUUCUCUGACCAAUGUGGGUGGUAUGCCCACCUCAUAUAGCAUGCUGUCAUUAAACUGGUU